AUGAUGAAGCUGCGAAUCGCGUCGCCGCAGGCGAUUGUCGACCUGCGAAACGUCGAGGGACUCAAAGGCAUUACCGAGAACGACGACGGUAGCAUCACCAUCGGAUCGAUGACGACCUACUACGAGUUGAUCACGUCCGACGUUAUCAACUCGAAAGCAUGCGCGAUCGCGGAAGCGGCUUCGCAAGUUGCCGACACGCAGGUCCGGAACUGGGGAACGAUUGGCGGCUCUUUGGCGCACGCCGAUCCCGCAGGUGACCUCCCCGCAGUCGCAGUCGCCCUCGGUUUUGAAAUCCACGCCGCGUCGGCCCGCUCUCAGCGCACGAUUGCGAGCGACCGAUUCUUCCGCGGUUAUCUCGAGACCGCGCUAAGGCCCAACGAAAUACUGACGGGCGUCACCGUCCCAGCACAAGGUGCGGGUAGCGGUUGCGCAUACGUGAAGUUGGCCAACAAGGCAUCGCACUACGCGGUCGUUGGCGUUGCCGCCUCCUUGACGAUCGACGAUGGUGGAGUCUGCACUUCCGCGCGCAUCGGCAUUACCGGUGCGGGCCCCCACGCGAUUAGGUCUCGACGUGCCGAACGCAUCUUGGUCGGCAAGGAACUUACCGAGAGCGUCGUGAACCGCGCCGCACAACGCGGUGGAGCGGAACUGGCUGGCAUGUUUAACGACGAUGUUCAUGCAUCCGCUGAAUACCGCGAGGCCAUGACGCAGGUCUACACCACCCGCGCAGUCAACGCCGCGGCCGCGUGCGCAGUGGGUUAG